AUAGUUUCUCUUUCUUGUCUUUUUUCUGGCUGUUUCAAAGAGCUCACUUUAGCUAUCAACAACAUUCCAGUUUGAGAAACAUGCACAACUUCAAACUUCGCUCUUUUACUGCUACUGUCACACAAGGGUUCGGUUCAGGUUUUGAUUGGUAGCGAUGUUUGUGUAAAAUGUUGGUUCUAAGCAUGAAUUCAAAGAGACAAAGACGCCCAAACGUUAGGUUAGGGGAAAUUGGAGAUGUUUCCGCAGCUUUUGCAUGCGGGUUUUUGCAAAGAAUGCGUGAGAACUUGGGGCAGAAGAGAUGGAAACAUGCUUUUUUGAACCCAAAUGAGAUUGACCCUAGUUCUGUUUUUGAGUUUUCAAAGCAAAAAUCUCCUGAGUUCACAGUUAUGGACCCUGGUGUAUCUCCAAGGAUUGCAGCUGAUUUCCAUCAGAACAGGGAGAAUAAGAAUCUGAGUUCUUCAAAAUUAGCUUUUGAACAUGUGAAUUUGGAUAAAAUUGAUAUAACAAAGUCUGCUGUGAAUUUUGGCACUGUAACUCGGAAAAGCAGGGUCAUGAGAAGCCGGAACACUGGAGGCAAAAAUAAUGCUUUUGGGGGUGCUUGGAAUUCUAAACUUAGCCCUGAGUUUAGUAGUGAAGGUGGAAAAGACGAUGGAGAGAAGGGAUAUGUUGGAUUCACAUCAAAUAUCUGUGAUGGUUACUACCCCGAGAAUGGGAUUAAAGAUGUUUCAGGUCAUGAAGCACCAGCUACUAGCAAAGAGGCCUGUGAAUUCGACAAAAAUGAAACCACUUAUGAUGCAUGGAAACUGGGCAAUUCCACUUAUUUCCAGAAAGAGGAUACAUUUUAUGAAGGGAAUAACGCAUUUAUAAAAAAUGGUGUUGAAUGGAAUGAGAUGAGAUAUGGAGGUAGUGAUGUAUGUACUAUUCAGAGAUGGUUAGAGGAGCUAGGGUUUGGUAAGUACGCAGGUGUGUUUGAAAUGCAUGAGGUGGAUGAGGAAAGCUUGCCAUUGCUUACCCUUGAAGAUCUCAAAGAGAUGGGUGUUUUUGCUGUUGGGCCUAGAAGGAAAUUGUAUAAUGCAAUACAGCAACUUAGAGGAGAAGUUGCUUCUAAUUAAUAACUUCCUCAAUCUGGACUAUAGGUAACUCUAUGUUUAUGGUUCUUACUAGUCUAUGUGCAGGAAAUAGUUGCCCCGUAUGUAACUUUUGAACCCCUAACAUAUUUGCAUCUUCUUUUUUUUGCUAGUUUUGUUAACAAGAUAAGAUUAAUGCUUUAUAGUCUCUUGUUUUUGUAAGAUGUCUCUUUCAGCACUUUUUGUCCCUUGCAUUCAUCAACUGUGUGUAAUUCGGGGCAUAACACUGCCAACUGAGUAGACAAUUUUGUCAGAACUUGUUUAUAUGAAACUUGUGUGUGAAGUAUUGCUGACAUUUAGUUUGUUCCUUCAGAGUGUA